AUGUGUCCCGGCUGCGACCCCGAGCCUAGUGCGCAAGCCAACGGCGUGAACGGCAGUUCCAAUGGAAAUGGCGAACACCCCGGCUUCACCGGCAUUGAGACUCGCCAGAACCCCCACCCCACCUCCCGUAACCCUUACGGCCACAACGUCGGCGUCACCGACUUCCUCAGCAAUGUCUCCCGCUUCCAGAUUAUUGAGAGCACUCUGCGGGAGGGCGAGCAAUUUGCCAACGCCUUUUUUGAUACCCAGAAGAAGAUUGAGAUCGCCAAGGCUCUGGAUGACUUUGGUGCCGACUACAUUGAACUCACCAGCCCCUGCGCUUCCGAGCAGUCCCGGCUGGACUGCGAGGCCAUCUGCAAGCUCGGCCUGAAGGCCAAGAUUCUCACUCACAUCCGAUGCCACAUGGAUGAUGCCCGGGUUGCGGUCGAGACUGGUGUGGAUGGAGUCGAUGUCGUUAUCGGCACCUCGUCUUAUCUCCGUGAACACUCCCACGGCAAGGAUAUGACCUACAUCAAGAACGCCGCCAUUGAAGUCAUCGAGUACGUCAAGUCCAAGGGCAUUGAGAUCCGCUUCUCCAGCGAGGACUCCUUCCGGUCCGAUCUCGUGGACCUUCUGUCCAUCUACUCUGCCGUCGACCGGGUUGGCGUGAACCGUGUCGGUAUUGCCGAUACCGUUGGCUGCGCUUCGCCCCGCCAGGUCUACGAGCUUGUCCGUGUGCUUCGGGGUGUUGUGGGCUGUGAUAUCGAGACCCACUUCCACAACGACACCGGCUGCGCCAUCGCCAACGCUUACUGUGCUCUGGAGGCUGGCGCCACCCACAUCGACACCUCUGUGCUGGGUAUCGGUGAGCGCAAUGGUAUCACCCCUCUGGGCGGUCUGAUGGCCCGUAUGAUCGUCGCCGACCCCGAGUAUGUCAAGAGCAAGUAUCGCCUGGAGAAGAUCAAGGACAUUGAGGACCUGGUCGCUGAGGCCGUGGAGGUCAACAUCCCCUUCAACAACCCCAUCACCGGCUUCUGCGCCUUCACCCACAAGGCCGGUAUCCACGCCAAGGCCAUCCUCAACAACCCCAGCACCUACGAGAUCAUUAACCCGGCCGACUUUGGCAUGACUCGCUACGUGCACUUCGCAUCGCGUCUAACUGGCUGGAAUGCGAUCAAGUCGCGGGCGCAGCAGCUCAAGCUCGAGAUGACCGACAACCAGUACAAGGAGUGCACGGCUAAGAUCAAGGCUCUGGCCGACAUCCGCCCUAUUGCCGUCGAUGACGCCGACAGCGUGAUCCGCGCCUACUACCGGAACCUCAAGUCGGGCGAGGACAAGCCCCUCAUGGAACUGACGGUGGAUGAGCAGGCCCAGUUUGCCGCCAAGGAGAGGGAGCUGGCACUCGAGGCCCAGGCCAACGGAGUCGCUGUUUAA